AUGGAUACAUCAUCAGUACUUGACAAAUACACACAAGACCUCUCCAACUUGCCGUUGGAGAUACGGCACCUACUAGAAGAGAUCAAGAACAAGGAUAUACAAGUAGCUGAACUUCGAAAACAAUGUCAAGCCAAAGACAACCAAAUCCAUAAAUUCAUAAGGGCAAACGGCACUCUAACAAAGCACCCGAAGGAACAGCAGUUGUAUUAUAAAAUUGAAGAUGAUAUGAAACAGCUUAAAAAUAUACAGAAGGAAAAGAUACUACUUGCAAAUACUGCGCUAUUUUUGGUUUCAAAACAUUUAUUUAAUUUCGAAACAGACAUUACUAAGCUAGAACGAGAUGAGCUCUUGCCCCCACUAGAAGCACCGGUAGACAUACAAACAUUGAAUAAAGACGAAUAUCUAAAUGCUUUAAAUGGACUUUCAGAUACAUUGUCAGCGACACCAACCCCACGAAACGCCUUAUCUGUCACGCCUGCUGUUGAGCCCGUCAAGAAAGGACAGAAGAGGAAAGCUGCUAAUAAGGGAGUAGUAUCUGUUGGUUCAACUCCCGCGGCAUCAUCGAAUAGGACAACUAAAAGAUUGAGAUCAGAGGAAGUGGAAGAAUCUGUCGGCUAUGACGCUGGCUCACUUGCUUUAAGUGGGUCCACAGCAGACAUUCCUACCAAUAUGGAUGGUCCCCAAGGAGAGGAUGCAGAUAACAAUCUUUACUGUUUUUGUCAAAGAGUAUCCUUCGGUGAAAUGAUAGGGUGUGAUAAUGAAGACUGUAAGUAUGAGUGGUUUCAUUGGAGUUGUGUGGGUAUAACAUCUGCCCCCAAGCCUGACGAAAUAUGGUACUGUCCCGAUUGUAGGCUGCGAAAGAGAAAGAAAAAGGUCUAA